AUGGAUGCUGAGAUGGGCGCUUCCCCAUCUGCCUUGGGAGCCCUCAUUCAAGCCCUGGUCCAAGACCCCCUAGGGCCCCAUGUUCAUGGCCCCCAGGGCGGUGAAGCAAGCAGAGUUGGACAGACACAGUUACGGGGGAGCUCCUACCAUCAGGGCACAGUUGCCCCAGCAGCUGCCGGGCCUGCCCAGCUAGGAACUUCAGCGUCUCUGCCCUGGGGCAAGGACUCUGCUGUGACUCCGGAGAAGCAGAAAACAAACCCCAGCCCUUUCAGCUCCUUGGCGGUCCCCGGGAGAGGCACAAGGGGGCCUGCUGAGUGGAGUGACCUUGAGAAGGUCGGGCGGGCCUCUGAAGUGGAACAGCAGCGCUGGGGCAGGGGGAGCCACGCAGCCAUCAAGGAGAGGCUGCCUAUAAAGGAUCCCUUCUCCCUUUCUUCUGGCGCAGACACGGCCCCGACUUCAUUCUGCAUUCAUAAAGCUUCCCUUGGAAGCGCCUUUAAGUACUGCUGA